CGUUGACGACUUCGCGUGGCUUGAACAUCUGGAAUACUAUCGUCACCUCUCUGGUUUGCACGCCCUCUGCCCUACCGUAUAUUCAGCGGCCUUUCCAAUCCAUUGAGAAACGGAUUCGAACGACGAAGUUGAACAUCGAUCAAAUCGAUCGUGACAGUUCGUGAUUUCGGUCACGAAUCGUGACUAGAUAAUUUUCCAGCUGCCGCGUUCGUUACUCCCCAUCUUCUCCUCCUCCCCCAUCUCCUACCACAAAAUGUCGACUGGCACGCUCUGGGUAUACCCCGAAAACCAGAAGGGCAAGGCCAUCCGCGCCGUUGCAGCGUACGGCGGCCUUGAGCUCGAGCUCCCGGCCUACGAGCACGGCAAGACCAACAAGGAAGAGGCUUUCCUUGCCAAGUUCCCCCACGGCAAGGUCCCCACGUUCGAGACCAAGGACGGCUUCAAGCUCUUCGAGUCCACCCCGAUCGCCCGCCACCUUGCUUCCCUUGCGCCCAACUCUGGCCUCCUCGGAUCGAGCCCCGAAGAUGCGGCGCUCGUCGACCAGUGGACGCACUUUGCCGACUCGGAGAUUGACGCCGUCCAGCUCAUCAUCUUCAACAUGGUGAAGGGCCUCGGGAUCGCGUACAACAAGCUCGUCCACACCGCCCUCCUCGAGCGGGUCCACCGCGCCUACACCACCCUCAACAACUACCUCGCCACCCGCACCUUCCUCGUCGGCGAGCGUAUUACCCUCGCCGACAUCUGGGUCGCCGCCAUCACCCAGUUCGGCACCUUCUUCCACUUCGACAACGCCACCCGCACGAAGUUCCCCCACCUCAUCCGCCUGGUCGACACGAUCGUGAACCAGCCGAAGCUCGCGGGCACCUUCAGCGCGACGCCCUCGCUCGAGAAGCCGCUCGCCUUCACGCCCCCCGCAAAGGAGAAGAAAGAGAAGAACCCGCUUGACGACCUCCCCAAGUCGUCGUUCAACCUCGAGGACUGGAAGCGCGCGUACUCCAACAAGGACACCCGCGGCGCUGACGGUGCCCUCGAGUGGUUCUACCAGAACUUCGACAAGGACGGCUUCUCCAUCUGGCGUGUCGAUUUCAAGUACAACAACGAGCUCACGCAGACGUUCAUGUCGUCGAACCAGAUCGGUGGCUUCUUCGCGCGCCUUGAGGCGAGCCGCAAGUACCUCUUCGGCUCCGUCGGCGUGCUCGGCGAGAGCAACAACUCGGUCAUCUCCGGCAUCUUCAUCCUCCGCGGCCAGGAGGUCGAGCCCGUCAUCAGCGCCGCGCCCGACUGGGAGAGCUACGAGUACAAGAAGCUCGACCUUGCGAACGAGGCUGACAAGGCCUUCUUCGAGGGCGCCUGCGCCUGGGACCUCGAGAUCGACGGCAAGAAGUGGGUGGAUGGCAAGAACUUCAAGUAAUCUGUAUAUCCUUGGGCAGCCCUGCGGGGCUCAUGUAGCAGUAGUGUAGAAGGCGCGGUGUAGCCUUUAGUCCUAUCUAUCCUCGCGCAUUUUGUUGUCACGUUUUAGUAUACAUUGUAUGUGCUACCGACCAUUGGAAGUCUGCCAUAGAAACAAGGUCAUCUUGUCC